AUGUCACGAUAUAAGAGACGUGAGCGUCGUUCUGUAUCAUUCUCUUCAUCUUCAAGUUUCAGCCAUUCUUCUUACUCUGAUGAGUAUACUAACUAUGGAUACCAUCCUUACAAUUCCAAACAAUACAAAUCCAAACGAGAGGAUUUUAUAAGAAGGAAUAGAUACAAAAGUAGAGAUUAUGAUGCAAGUACUAGCCAAAGAAAGAGAGAUUCAGAUACGAGUAUCUCAAGUAACUACUGCAAUGUUAAUAAAUCUGAUGGUGACGCUUACGAGAGUUCACCUUUAGGCAAUCAAAGUGAGAAGUUUACAAAAAACUUUGAUAGCUACAGCAAAUUGGAUAAAUACUUUAGAUUUGAAAAAUCAAAUGAAUCAUCGUCACAUAUAUAUCAAGCUUCAAGUAGCCGUUCAGGUAAAGCACGACAAUUCCGAUUUGAUAGCCCUCCUAAAGAACUCCAAAAUCAACGAAGUUCUUCUAUUCUCACAAAUUUUACUUCUACAACAAGUAAUUCGAGCCCACUGAAUAGUUCAAAUACCGCAAAGCCUUAUAGGGAGGUUUAUGUUGGUAAUUUACCAAGUGGCAUUGGUACAACUACAUUAUUGGAAUUUAUGAACCAAUUUUUAAUAAAGAAUUGCAAUAUCACAACUCCAGGUAAUCCAUUUGUAUCAGCUUGGAUUAGUUCAGAUGGUAAGUAUGCAUUUUGCGAAUGUAGAUCGAUGGAAGAAGCAAAUAUGGCUCUUCAACUGAAUAAUACUAUAAAUUUGAAUGGGAAUAUUCUUCGUAUAGGGAGACCAAAAACCAUAGAGAAUAGCUCCAACAUAAAUAGUAGUAAUGAACCAAAUAAUAGUGUAGUUUCCAGUAUUUCUACUCAGAGCAACACCACAUUUUUAUCCAAUAUACAACCAAUAAUUAAAAAGGCUGACCGCAUUGUAAUUAGUGGAUUUCCAUACUCAUACUCAGAUGAAGAUAUUGAAGAUAUAAUUAGGGAAGUUAAUGGAAACCAAGCAAUUAAGUUAUUGUAUGUUCCUCCUAACUCUAAUAAAGGUAGAAUUGAAUCUUCUAAUUGCUUGAAAAUAGCUAUUUGCGAGUUCGAAGAUGUUGUAAUAACUGAGAGAGUUAUUAGAAGAGUAAAUACUCAAAAUGUCUGCAACUUAAAAUUAAAUGCAUUUAGAUCUCAUGAAGCUUUACAAAACAAGUAUAUUCUCAACGUAUUAUCUGAUGAAAUUCACAAGAUUUAUGAUUAUGAAGUUAAACAAUUAUCCUCAGAUUAUUCAGAAAUCUCCACUUUUUUAUUACGGGGGCAAAUACCCUGCCGUUGUAUAAAGAUUUCCAAUAUAAUUACACCAGAAGAACUAGUUGUAGAUAAUAUAUAUAACGAGAUUAUGGAUGAGAUAAAACAAGAGGUUUGUAAAUAUGGCAAUAUUAAACAUAUUGUAAUACCUCGACCAGCAAGUGCUUUUAAGAGCGAGGAUUCAGGAUAUUUUUCAAUUUAUGGUAGUGUAUUUGUAUUGUAUAAUGAUGUUCAGAAUGCGAUAGAUGCUAAGAUAAACCUUUAUAAGAUGAAGUUUUCAGGACGAUCAGUUUGCAUUAGUUAUUAUCCUGAGAAUUACUUUAUUCAAAAUAACUUUUCAUGGACACAUGGUAAUAGAAGUAUUCCGUUCAGCUCUGAAGAAUAUUUGAAGCUUACAGAAAAUAUGCCGUCACAAGAUUCAUACAAUAAGGAUAAUACUGAAUAA